AUGGAGCCUUCAAUGCGCCUGGUAGUCUCUAAUACUUGCCGGACAUGUAUAAGGCUCUCCGCAGCCAACACAGCUCGUCCGCCUAUGACAAGUCCGAUUAUACAUUCGCGACGUCCCGUCCCGUCCGCUGAAGCUAGCAAUUGUCUCUCAAGACCAGUAUCUCUAUUUGGCCGGCAGUCAAAAACAGUCGAGGACGAUGCAGUUGCUCUAGGAUCAGCUGCAACAUACGAGAACCAAUCGAAACCUCCGGUCCUCCGCCCUGACGACCUUUUCCACUCCUUUACUAAGUCGCCUAUUCCCGAAAUACGCCACCGUGCUGCUUUUAUAAGGCAACACGCCCACUGUCCUCACCCCGACCAUCAACCCACGCGAGAUCCGGCCAGUACCAAUACCCCACCUAGUGUUACAGGUUCCGGUGCGCAAGCACCAGUCCUCGUAGACUUCGAAUGUCCGGACUGUGGAAUUCCCGUCUAUUGUAGUGAGAAGCACUGGGCCGAGGAUUAUGAGGCUCAUCUUCAAAUUUGCGACACGUUGAGACAGAUCAAUGAAGACGACCACGAUCUUCGCUCGGGGAGAUUCUUCCCCGAAUUCGAGUAUGCAGGCCCUCAGAUGGAAGAAGCCGCUAUAAAUAUGACCAACUGGGAUACCUUUCUCUAUACGAGACAAUUCGAAGCUAUCAACGAUGACCGGAACAUGCGACAGGUUACGAGGCUACUUACCUACCCGGUAACGAUAGGUAGUAUCUUACACGAGCUUAGCCCAUAUAAUAUUAGGAACGGUGGCAGGCUCACAGCCGAAGGCUUGAAAAGCUUAAGUGCUCUACGAUAUACUUUACACCCACCCAGAACGGGCAGCGGGGAGACAGUCAAGGGCUUGCGACCCGAAGCACCCCCAGUGAGAAUAUUCAUCCUCGGGGCUCGUGCGGAGUCGUCUCUUCCUCGGAAUGUCUGGGUACAGUUGGCUCACCUAUUCCCUCGAGGGAAGUUUCACCUUAUCUUUAUUGGACCUGAGAGCAUGACCAACAGAGAUGAUGAAUUCCCAUUGCCACCCCGAACUCCAUCCAAUCCCUUCGGUGCCAUAGUAGAAGACCGGGUGUGGCCAACAAUGAAAAUUAGCACCAUUGUGGAUUACUAUCAUACUCUCCAUAAGACUGGCCAGUUUUAUCCCUAUGAUCCGUAUUUUGACUGUUUUGUCAUGUUCCAUCCAGGAUUAGGACACCCAGCCAGCUCUCACGAGUGGACAGAAACGGUACCUCUACUCCUUGAGACAAAGGCCCCUAUUAUAGUAACCGGCUACACGCAGUAUGACAUGGACAGAGAUAUUGAAUGGGUAAAGAAAACUUGCGGAGGCGAGUUUGACAUGCUCAUGGAACCUGGCGAGAACACCUUCAGGAGUUUGCGAUGGGAUCUCAAUGACCUUGAUCCACAAGAUAUCAGCUGUGGUAACUGGGGGGUGUGGGCGUUCCGAGGAAAGAGAUACGAAGCAACAACCAAAAGCGCCGAAUAA